AUGAGUGAUGAAAAGUACGACGAAGACGCGCGAGUGCUGGACUCGGUAUCAGAUCUUGAAAGCGACGGCGAGACUCUGAUCCAGUCACCCGAAAGCGAAGACAAAGAUACCCUCGAGGAGUAUGAUGAGGCAGAGCGACUAUUGACUGAAGAAGGCGCGCUAUCAAAGCAGAAGAAAUGGAAGGACCAGAAGACGCGAAAAGAGACAAGGAGAGGCAGGAGAAGAGAACAGAGAAGGAGGUCGAGGUCAGGAGCACAAGCUGAUGAGAGCAAUUCCGUUUAUGAAAUGGAGGAAGGCUACAAAGACUCAAGCUCGAACAGUUCUACCGACUCUCUUGUCCUCAAGCAGAAAGCGGGGCUUAGUACGAAUGCAUACCCUGCCUCCUACCUACGUUGGGUACCGUUCCUGGUUGGGACAAUCUUUCUGUUCGCGAUCCUGGUUUAUGGUGCAUACCAUGCUUCAACUCUAUCGAAAGCGAAAGAAACAAUCGUUUCGUCUAUGAGCAAUGGAACCCAUGUUUUCGCUCCUACCACGAUCCUUAUCUCUCUAGACGGCUUCAGAGCAGACUUCCUGCAGCGAGGUUUGACCCCUUCUUUGAAUGCAUUCAUUGCGUCCGGCGUCUCACCUCAGUACAUGCUCCCAUCUUUUCCGUCGGUCACCUUUCCGAAUCACUACACAUUGGUGACGGGCUUGUACCCCGAAAGCCAUGGUGUGGUCGGCAAUCAGUUUUGGGAUCCUCAUUUCGAGGAGGAGUUUGUGUAUACCAACACCUCAAUAUCCAUGCAACCAAAAUGGUGGGAGAGCGCUGAGCCACUUUGGGAAACAGCUGAGAGACAAGGCAUGAAAACUGCCAUUCACAUGUGGCCUGGUAGCGAGGCACAUAUUCAUGGCAUUGACCCGACUUAUCUCGACCCAUUCGAUUUUGACGAAACUCUUCCAAACAAAGUUGCCCGUAUCCUGGAGCGGCUAGAUUUGGACACCAAAGAUCGACCACAGCUCAUUGCGGCAUAUGUUCCUGAUGUUGACCGGGAUGGUCAUCGAUAUGGUCCUAACAGCACUGAGAUCCGUGCUACAAUCGCCAGCGCAGACAAUAUGCUCACUCUCCUUGUUGAAGGACUUCUGCGACGAAACUUGACGGAAAUUGUGAAUCUCGUCGUCGUAUCUGAUCACGGAAUGGCUACAAUGUCUGCUCACAGGAUGGUGCAGCUCGACGACCUGAUCGAUAUGAACCUUGUCGACCACCUGGAUGGGUGGCCUCUACGUGGUUUACGCCUCAAAAAUCCAGACCACGACGUUCCUGUCCUGUAUAAGCAGUUAUCUGAUGCAGCUGAGAAGCAUGGCACAUUCGACGUCUACACCCGGGAGACAAUGCCAGAGCGAUACCAUUUCUCACAGAAUCCUCGCAUUGCUCCUCUCUGGAUUGUGCCAAAGACUGGUUGGCUGGUGAUUGAGAAGGCAGACUUCAACAUUGUAGAUGCGAUUGCAAACAAUCAGGUAUUCCAUCCGAUCGGUAUACAUGGCUUUGACCAUGAACAUCCAUUGAUGAGAGCCAUUUUCAUCGCCCGAGGACCAGCUUUCCCACAUGCUCCAAACAGUCGAGUCUCAGUCUUUCAGAAUAUAGAGGUAUACAAUAUUCUGUGUGAUUCCUUAGGUGUCACGCCUCACGGUAAUAAUGGAACGCUUCGACUGCCGUUACAGACCGAAGGCUUGCAUAGUGAUUUCGCCGACACAUCGAAGACGCCCAACGACGAUCCUGCCGACAUCGGACACGCAGAUGCAGAAAUAGAGGCUGGUACUGACGCAACCAGUCUGACAGAUCCUACAGCCACAGUCGACAACGAUCUACCCGCCGACAAAGAAGACAAUGUGGCAGAAGAGGAUGCCAAGAAGAAUUGGUGGAAAUAUCUACACGAUCAAAUUGAGAAGGCGAAAGACUGGGCGAAACAAGUAAUGGACUCGAUCAAGGACAACAAAGCAAAUGAUAACGACCCGAAACCAGGAUGA